CAACAACAGUGCACGCGGCCGAUAGUCUCGUCAAGUUUUGCUCGUUUUCCUCUAGGCGUUUGUAAAUCAUGGCAGAGGACGCAGCUGCUUUAUUUGCUCUGACGGAAAGAAGGCUGUGCCGUUUAGAAAAACGGAAACACGAGAAUCUUGUGGAACUGGCUGCACUUAACAUUAUCCAGCCUAAUUUGAGCCACUCUUUAGUUUGUUUGGACGCAGGCCACAAGCUAAAAAAUAUUCCGAUUACUCUGAGCGCAAAGCAUCUGCUGCCUAAAUUCACUGCUCAAAGAUGUGCAAAAGAAGAGGGAGAUUUGGAGGAGUUUGAAAGACGAAAGUUAGUUUUGCGGCUUCUGCUCUCUCCAGAGGUGAAACAUCUAGAAGUCGAUGGUCUUCUAAGCUUCUGCCCCAAAAGCUUGAAAAGAGAUAAAACAGAAGAGUUGGUGCAAGUCAUCUCGGAUCAUGCCUCAAAUCUUGGUGCAUUGACCAUCGAUGAGCGCAGCAAUGCCUCUCUGUCCUGCGCAAUCGUGAUUUCGGCUUCUCCAUUGAUGAAACUGGCCAACCUGCGCAGCUUGACAGUCAAGUCCUGCUCCAUCAGUUACGAAGACCUCGUUCAAAUGUGCAGGAAGCUGGAUUUCCUCGUUAACCUGGAUAUAAAUAUAUUUUUUGAGUGCAAUCCGAGCUUCAAAGAAUUUAAGAAGAGUUUUUCCAAGUUGAAACAGUUUGCUUUCCGCAUAUUCUCAGCUAUGGGAAGGUUCCAGUCGCAAGACUUGGCCUUGGAGUUUUGGGAAAUGUGCAUCAAAUCUCUUCCGGCCUUGACGGUCAUCGAAAGAUUUGCGGACAAGAAGGACGCAGGACGAUUGCCCCCGUGUCGGACGCUAGAGAAGCUUCCUAAGAGGACUUCGGCCUUGGAGCAUCUGUGCACGCGGCCCACUCUAUUCAAGUUGCACCUUUCUUUCCCCAAAGUCAAGCACCUCAUGGUGGAUUUUCAAUUCUGGACGUACAGCGAGAGAGAACUCGAUUCGCUUCUCCAUUUUGCUGACAUCGAGAGUCUGGUUUUGAUUCUUGUUCCGAGUUUGGAGAUUUUGGAGCGAUUCCUCGAUGCCUACGGGCGAAACUUGCUCUAUCUUUUUUUCAAGGCACACUUCGACGAUGAGAUCGGAUUCAAGAUAAUUUUUGAAAAAUGUCCAAUACUGGAGUCAUUGGGCUUGGAAGACGUAUGCGUUUCAGACAAGCCUUUGAACGCGUUCUCCAAUCUCAAGAAUUUCGAGUGGAAACCCUGCAAAUCAGCUGAGAACACUUCUCGCCUUUGCAACAUCUUGAAGGCGCCAGACCUGAAGAAUCUUGUUCUGAAAACGUUCAACUUUGGAGAUCUUGCGGACGUGACACGGUUGGUUAAAAGCGGCGCCAUCCUCCAAAAGCUGAAAACUCUUCACAUCGACCAUGCUUCUGACUUUUCCAUCUAUUUUUUGUCAUCUGAUCACGGAGAACGUGAUUUUAAAGCUGUGUUCCAAGUGAUUAGCAACUUUAUCAAGGUCUCAUCAGCUCACUUGCCGGAACUAAGUACCGUAACUGCAGAAUUUUCUUUUGGAAGCACGAAAUGGGACGAGAUCUUCACAGAGUUGGAUAUCAGUCCGGAAAAAGUGGACUAUUUCGACUGUCGGUACGCGGCGGCGUUUAAAAUUCUCGGUGACGAAACUCUUUACAAGUUUUUGAAUUUGUACAAGCGAAGAAAGUUCUGUUUUCCUGCCUAAAAGUUGUGAUGCUUUUUAAGAAUUCUUGUAUUAGCAUAAAUAUCCUGAUAUUUAUGUUUUCAUGUUUUUAAUUUGUAAAAAUUGUGUAUCAUUAAUUUUUAACCCGAACAAACCAAUUUUCUCAUAAA